AUGAUGGUAUCAUUCGAUGUUAAAUCCUUGUUCCCAAACACACCGAUCAAACCAGCUAUUCACCAACUAGAAGUUUGGCUGAAUAAAUUGAACAACACAAUAGAUUGGAGGGCCAAAGUGAGACAAUACACUAAAUUGGCAUCACUAUGUAUGGGUGAAAAUUAUUUCACAUUUCGUGAGAAAUUCUAUAAAACCACAGCAGGAGUCUCCAUGGGCAACCCAAUGUCACCACUGGUGACGGGAAAGUUUAUGGCAUACGUGGAAUCAAUCAUCGAAGAAAAGGAGAUAAUGCCAAGGAUUUGGUUCACAUAUGUUGAUGAUAUAUUUGCCAUAGUUGAAAAGGACAAGGUCGACAACACGUUAACAGAAAUCAAUAGGAUACACCCGAAGAUCCAAUUAACAAUAGAAAAGGAAGAACAUGAAUCUCUACCAUUUUUGGACCUACGAGUAACAAACAAUAUCGGAAAACUCGAAUUCGAGAUAUACAGGAAACCAACGGCAACCCAAAGAACGAUACCAGCAACUUCGGCUCAUACCGCAACACAAAAAAUGGCUGCCUACAAUUCAAUGGUACACCGUCUCUAA